GGUGUUGCCAGCCAAAUGGUUCCUUUUUCCUGUCCGCUUCUGUUUGCCUGUCUCAUUCAUUCAUUCAUUCAAUUCACUCAUAGACACUAAACCCAAGUGGCAUCCAAUUUUGUUAACUAACCGUUACUGAAUAUAAAAGUUAACCGAGAUGUCGGGAGGUCUUGAAGCAUUGAAAUUGGCCGAUGAUGAUGUAUCGAAAAUGUUGGCCGCUACCGCUCAUAUUGGUACCAAUAAUUUGGAUUAUCAAAUGGAAACCUAUGUUUACAAACGUCGUGCUGAUGGUGUCCAUAUAAUUAACAUUCGAAAAACCUGGGAAAAAAUUUUAUUAGCUGCUCGUGCUAUUAAUGCUAUUGAUGAUCCGAAAGACGUUUAUGUCAUUUCAAGUCGUCAAUAUGGACAACGUGCUGUAUUGAAAUACGCUGCCGCAACCGAUGCUACACCUAUUGCUGGCCGUUUUACUCCCGGUACGUUUACCAAUCAAUCACGUACCGAAUCAUAUCGGGAACCACGUUUGUUGAUCAUUUGUGAUCCACGUGCCGAUCAUCAACCAAUUACUGAGGCUAGCUAUGUGAAUAUUCCGGUCAUUGCUUUUUGCAAUACUGAUUCACCGCUUCGUUAUGUGGACAUUGCCAUUCCGUGCAACAAUAAAUCAAUCUAUUCGAUUGGUUUGAUGUGGUGGUUGUUGGCACGUGAAGUAUUGCGAAUGCGUGGCAAAAUUCCACGUCAAUCACCAUGGGAAGUAAUGGUCGACAUGUAUUUCUAUCGUGAAGCUGAACAACAGGAAAAAGAACAGGAAAUUGGCUUGUCAUCUGAACGACCGGCAAAAUUAGAAACUGAUUUAGGUGGUGAACCUGUCGAACCGAUUGCCGCACCGGAAUUUGAACCACCAGUCGAACAGGAUUGGAAUGCUCAGGUAGCCGAUGAUUGGACCACACAAGCCACCGGGCAAAUGGAAUGGACAGCCGGUGCCGAUGCUACAAAUUGGGCUACCUAAAUUUCAAACAAAAAAACUUUUUUCUUUCUUUUUUCGAAUUGAAAAAAAUUCAAAUUUAU